AUGGCCAAGAGCCGGCGAGAGCAAAAGGAGCAGCAGCAGCAACAGCAUGGUGCGGCCAUCUCAGAUGAGCGCUUCGACUUGUCAUCUUGGGAACCAGCGUCACAUACAGAGAAGAAGCGCAAGCUCGAGGAUACGGAUGAUGACGUGCUAGGAAACAAAACCGACAACGGCUCACCAGACAGUGACGCUGACGACAACGACAACGACAUGCAUAAUCAUGAGGCACACGAGUCAUACGAACCGCAUGGAUCGGAAAGCGUGCUUCCUGUUCUUAGCAGGGAAGAGCUUGAAGAAUACAAAAAGAAGCAACAAAAGCGUGGUGUUAUCUAUCUGAGCCGCCUUCCACCGGGCAUGACACCAGCCAAAGUGCGACAUAUAUUUUCUCAGUUCGGCGAGGUUGGUCGCAUCUACUUGCAACCAAAAGACAAGCAGAAUUCUUCUUCUUCUUCUAGCAAAAAAAAGAAUCGUCCCUCACACUUUUCCGAGGGCUGGAUCGAGUUUGUGUCGAAGCGCGUGGCACGAACCACAGCUGAAAUGCUGAAUGCGCAGCCAAUCGGAGCCCUGGGCGGUGCAUCGCAUUCUUCCCGGCGCUCACAAUCAGGUGCAGGCGCUAUUAAUCGAUGGAAAGAUGACGUUUGGACUAUGAAGUACUUGAAGGGUUUCCGGUGGCCCAUGCUCAUGGAACAAUUGUCGCAUGAACGAGCAACGCAUGCGGCACGUCUGCGUAUGGAACUUUCUCAGUCGGCGCAUGAGCAACGCGACUAUCUCCGGAAGGUUGAAAGGUCCCGUAUCCAGCGGAAGAAGCAGGCAGAGCGUGCAGAGCCGCCCACAAACGAGGAUGAGGCCCCCGCACCCAAGCGCAAGUUUCAGCAGCGAACACCCGUGUACAGAGAUGUUCGUGAUCAACGCGUGCAAAAUCAUAGCAGAACCAGUGCACCUGCUGGACAGGACAUGGAGCGUGUUUUAUCACAGAUAUUCUAG